CAGAGACCCGCCCCUACUGAACAGAGACCUGCCCCUACUGAACAGAGACCCGCCCCUGUCGAAAAGAGACCCGCCCACACCAAGCAGAGACCUGCCCACACCAAGCAGAGCCCAGCUCACACCAAGUAAAGGCCAGCUCACAUCAAGCAGAGACCUGUCCCCCAUGAACAGAGACCCGCCAAUACCAAGCAGAGGCCAACCCAUACCAAGCAGAGGCCCACCCAUCCUGAGCAGAGACCUGCCCCUCCUGAGCAGAGACCCGCCCCUCCUGAGCAGAGACUUGCACUCACCAAGCAGAGAUCAGCUUCCACUGUCAUUUCGACCUAAACCUCCGAUCCCUCAGUCAGCAAGCACUUCUAACAGAAUAUCACAGAUACCAGUGAAGCCAUCACAAGACAUGCCCAGGAGACCAGAAAUGCAGUCCAGUCCUCGUGUACAGAAUGCUGAACAUUUUUCCAAACUUUCUGCAAAGGAUUUAGAAGGAAACGAUUGGUAUGUUAGCUCCUAUGACCGUUAUGAAGCAGAAAGAGCUUUAACAGAAACCAAUAAGGAUGGUUCAUUCUUGGUCAGAGACAGUUCCAAAAAAUCCCCAGAUCAGCCAUACGUAUUGGUUGUAUAUUAUGGAAGUAAAGUUUACAACAUUCAAAUUCGAUACUUUGGGGACAGUAAACAGUAUGCUUUGGGAACUGGACUCAGAGGACAUGACAUAUUUGAUUCAGUGUCUGAAAUGAUACAAUUCCAUAGAAAUAUUCCCUUGCGAUUGAUCGAUCGAAGAGAUCAAACUGGAAUCCAAAUGGAGCAUUGCAUCUUGACUUCUCCAGUGGGACCAUAUUGACAAUAUUGUAUACUUGCUUUCCUUAUAUAUGUAUAUAUUAAAUAUUUAAAGUGCUAUAAUUUAUUUUCAUGUAAAUAUAUACAUGCUCAAAAUACAUUCAUCAGUUUAUCCUGUUUUAUAACAUACAAAUUUGAAAUUGUUCAGGCAGACAUAAUGAUACAGUUAGUUAUUAUUUAGAAAAAGCAAGAUAACCCAGAAAAUAUAAUUGAAGAGUAUUGUAUUGAAAUAGAAAAUAUGAUUCUGUAUUUCUCCUACAAUUGUAGA